AUGCCCGACCCACGCGUCUUCAUAAUCCGCCACGGCGAAACAGAAUGGUCCCUCAACGGCCGACACACAGGCGUCUCGGACAUCCCCUUGACCGAAAACGGCGAGAAGCGCGUCCGAGCAACAGGCAAAGCCCUCGUAGGCGACGACAGAUUAAUCGUACCUAGCAACUUAGCUCACAUCUACGUCUCCCCCCGCACCCGCGCCCAAAAAACCCUCGAACUCCUCAACCUCGGCUGCAAAGAUCGAUACCCCUGGUCUCCAUCCUCGUCAUCGCAACAAGACGACAGGCCCGACAUACGCACGCACGCUAAAAUACAAGUCACAGAGGCAGUCCGCGAAUGGGACUACGGCGACUACGAAGGCCGCAUCACAAAGGAAAUCAAGCAAGAUCGCCAAAGCCGCGGGUUAGGUGCGGACUGGGAUAUUUGGCGCGACGGGUGCGAAGGCGGCGAGAGUCCUGAGGAUGUAACGGCGCGACUUGAUGCGUUUAUUGGUGAGCUGAGGGAGAAAUGGCACAAAGGACGGUUUGGCAAAGAUGGGAAACCGAAUGAUGUGCUCAUCGUGGCGCAUGGACAUAUUUUGAGGGCGCUCGCGGCACGCUGGGUGGGGAAGCGGUUAGAGGAGAAUCCGAGUUUGAUUCUUGAGGCCGGGGGUGUGGGCACGCUGAGUUAUGAGCAUCAUAACAUCGAGGAGCCGGCGAUUUUGCUGGGUGGUGCGUUUGUGGUUGAUGUUGUCGAGAAGGAGCAGGAGGAGGCGAAGGCGAAGGCUUAG